GGCCGAGGAGGCGCGCAGGCGCGCCCCGGACGCCUAAGAGCCGCGGGCGGGGAAGGACUCCCGGGAGGGAGCUUGGCGGUGCGGCCUGAUCCUGCUCGGCUUGGCCUGGCGGUGCCUCUCGCGUGUCGGUGACCGGUUGCCGCUGCUGCCGCCUCGGCCCGCCCAGGCCCUCGCGGGGAGCGGAGGGGAGCGGCCGCCUCAGGCUGGGCGAGGCUGCGGCAGCGCCGGGUGGGCCAGGCCGGGGCGCCGCGCGCCGCCCCCCCGGGAACGGGGCUGGGCUCGCGGCCCCGGCGCCACCCGCCGCCCCCGGCUGCGGGUCGCGGGCCGGCGGCGCGGGGCCGAGCGGCGGAUGGGCCCCCCUAGGGCGGAGGAUGUCAGGGCGCUCCGCGGGAAGGCAGGCGGCGCUGGCGGAGGUAACGGGUUGGUUGGCGCAUUCAUUUGAUGACUUCUUUGGAAACACAAAUACUUCUUCUAGCACAGUUCCUGUGAAUGCACUAGAAGGCAGCACUGGAAGAAACCAGCACCAGAAGAAGAAAGACCUAUCUUCUUUGCCAGCAAGUAGCAAGAACAAGGUUCUUCCCAGAAAAAGGGCAAAGUCAUCUUCAGUAGAUUUGUCUUGUAGCCGAUCCAGACAAAAUCAAAGCCAAUCUCAAGAUGAGCCAUGGGUAGAUAAAUACAAACCUGCAACUCAGAAUGACCUUGCUGUGCAUAAGAAGAAAAUUGAAGAAGUUGAAGCCUGGCUAAAAAUGCACAUAUUUCAGAGGCAACCAAAGCAGGGUGGCUUUGUUUUGCUGUUAACUGGUCCACCUGGUUGUGGAAAGACUGCAACUAUACAGAUGUUAGUGAAAGAUCUUGGCAUUCAGGUGCAAGAAUGGACCAAUCCAAUAUCUUUAGACUUUACAAAAGAAGACUUAAAAAGUAUAUUUGGCCAUGACUCAAAUUUUCAUACAUUUCCAAGUCAGGCCCAAGCAGCUCUCUUUCAAGAUUUUCUUUUAAGAGCAAAUAAGUAUAACAAACUUCAGAUGCUUGGGGAGUCCUCAGAAAAUGAUAAAAAGCUUAUUCUUAUCGAAGACAUACCUAACCAAUUCUAUCGAGACCCUAGCAGUCUACAUGAAAUUCUCAGGAGAUUUGUACGUACAAGUAGAUGUCCCCUUAUAUUUAUAAUCUCAGAUAACUUCAGUGGAGACAGCAACCAGAGGUUGCUAUUCCCAAAGGAAAUUCUAGAAGAGUUAUGUAUAUCUAGUAUUAGUUUCAAGCCUGUUGCACCAACAAAUAUGAUGAGAGUUCUUAAUCGAAUAGCUACAAUAGAAGCUACUAUGAAUAGAGAAAAGAAUUAUGUUCCUGAUAGAACCUCUCUGGAGUCAAUUUGCAGAGGUUGUUCAGGUGAUAUAAGAAGUGCAAUAAACAGUCUUCAGUUUUCUUCUAUGAAAGACUGCUCAUUGGAGGACAACUUUCGGUCAAAGAAAAAAGGGAGCUCCACACUGAAAUGUGAAGCAGUAGUAUCUAAAGCAAGAAAGAAAAAUAAAUCAGAUACUUUAGAAAAACAGGAGAUGCAAGCAAUUGGUGGCAAAGAUGCCUCCAUCUUUCUCUUCCAUGCUCUGGGGAAAAUAAUUUACUGCAAAAGAGAACCACUGUCAGAAUCAGAAUUUCCUCAGCUGCCUUCUCACUUAUCAGAAUAUCAUCGAGACACCUUGCUUAUUCAGCCUGAGGAGAUCGUAGAAAAAUCACAUAUGUCUGGAAGCAUGUUUAAUUUAUACCUUCACCAGAACUAUGUAGAAUUUUUUGCUAAUAUAGAUGAUGUUGUGAGAGCCAGUGAGUAUCUGAGCACUGCUGAUGUCCUUUGUAGUAAUUGGAAUUCACGACUUGUGAUGGAAAAAUACAGUGCAUCUGUGGCUACCCGAGGUGUGAUACAUUCAAAUACAACCAGGGCCUUUGCCCAGUGUCAAGGAGGAAUGGGGUUCCGCCCUUUACACAAACCCCAAUGGUUCUUUAUCAAUAAAAAGUAUCAAGAAAAUUGCCUUGCGGCAAAAUCUCUCUUUUCAAGCUUCUGUUUACCACCAGAGUGUCUUCAAACAGAGCUAUUGCCUUAUCUUGCUAUGCUGACAAAUCCAAUGAGAAACCAAGCUCAGAUUGCUUUUAUCCAGGAUGUUGGGAGGCUACCGCUGAAGAGACAUUUUGGCAGGUUAAAGCUUGAAACACUCACUGACAAAGAUCCUGGAAUACCAGACUUGUUCGUUAAUUAUGAGGGGGACCUUGCAGAUGUGAAUGCUGCGGAGACCGCUCUACAAAUGGAGAAAACCAAACCAAACGAGAAUGAAUCGGAUGGAUUUCCUCUUUCUUCUAGCCAGUGCAGCGGAAGUGAGCUACCUUGCAGUCAGCCUCAGCCUAUUGCAGCUCAAGCAAUCAUGGAGGACGAUGAAUUAAAAAUAGAGGAAUAUGAUACUGACUGAGUACAACAAAAUAUCAGCCACUGACUUACUCAAAUAGAUUAAUAUGCUACAGAGGCCUUUGCUAAAGAGGGCAUAGUCUGUACAGGAGUAUUCCUCCAACUACUUACAUGGGCUAGAAGGCCAAGUCUAAACAUGCAGUGUCAGCAUCAAGAAAAGUCUCCUCAGCUUUGCCUUAACUUUGCAGGAUCAGACCUGGACUGAAUAGUAACUAAUCACAAACUAUUCUCUGCCUGUCCUGAGCCAUGAAAGUAAUCUAUUUUGAUAAACAGAGAAUAAUAAAUGACAAACUGAAAUAGUUUGAAAGAGACUAUAGAUAAGCAGUGGGACACUUAAGUUAUUUUUUACACACUUUAAUUUUUUGUUAUGUACAGUAUGUUUCCUGAGAACACAUUUGUUAAGUUGUCAGCAUUUGAAGGUUUUAUUAAAAUUUAUACCUUCAAAAAAUUGCUGUUUGGAAGUUUGAACUUUUUGAAAGAAGAGACUGAAGUGUAUAUAUAAAAAUGUUUGAUAUCCAGUAUUGAUGAUGUAAAUAAAACUCCUAAUGUAUUAGUCA